AACACAUUUGUUACUUCAUUUGUUAUCUUUCUACUGUAGUCUCUUCCAACACAAGUGUUAAAAACAUUGUUGUACUUUGUUGUUUUAAGUCUAUCAUGGUUAUGGAAUCCUGAACUUCGAACCAUGAACAAUUAGGUGUUUAGUGACAACAAUAUUUUCAAGUUUGCCAUGAGAUCAUUAUGCAAGUUCCGAUCCCUCGAUUCCCUCUUCUCACAACCCCACGUUUUGCAUCUUUCCAACGCCGCAAAACUUCCACGCCCUCACAGAACAACACAACAACUUCCUCACAACAACAAACCCUUGGACACCGAUGCCUCUCGUGCACUUUUCAAUGAGAUUACGGAGAUUCUAGGAGCAGAUACCGUGAUCCCAGACCAAUCCCCAUCUGGGUUUUUGUUUCCCCUUGAAUCUCGCCACUCUCAAGUGGGUUUCAAUGACCAACCACCGUGCACCGAAGAUGUUUGUGAAAAUGCCGGACAGAAUGUUGGCGUUUUGGAAGAUGCCCAUAUGGGAAACAUGAGUGAAGAAGAUGUGAGCCGAGUUGUUGGUGAGAUUACUGAAAUUGUUAGAGCGGAAAUCGGUUCCUUUUCUGUGGAGGAGAGGUUAGAGAAUCUGAGUUAUGAGUUGAACAGUGAGGUUUUUAACAAGGUGUUGAAGAGGUGCUUCAAAAUGCCGCAAUUGGCUUUGAGGGUUUUCAAUUGGCUGAAGCUCAAGGAUGGUUUUAGUCACACGACGCGGACUUAUAAUACCAUGUUGUACAUUGCUGGGGAAGCUAAGGAAUUUGGGUUGGUGAAGAAGUUGGUAGAAGAAAUGGAUGAGUGUGGAAUUGAAAAGGAUGUUAAUACGUGGACCAUUCUUAUAACCCAUUAUGGGAAGGCGAAGAAGAUUAGCGAAGCAUUGUUGGCCUUUGAAAAUAUGAGAAGGCAUGGUUGUGAACCGGAUGCAGUUUCGUAUGGAGCGAUAAUCCGCUCGCUUUGCAGUGCUGGGAAGGGUGACAUUGCUAUGGAGUUCUACAAUGACAUGGUUAAGAAGGAUAUGGUACUUGAUGUGAGGUUGUAUAAGAUGAUCAUGAACUGCAUGGCGAGAUCAGGCGAUGUUGCAGCUGUUAAUCUGCUUGGAAAUGACAUGAUACGGUUGUGUCUGAUACCAGAAAACCGUGUUCUAGGCUGUAUGCUGAAGAGUUUUUGUGUUUCUGGGAGGAUUGAAGAGGCUUUUGAAUUGAUUCGUGACCUCAAAAAUAAAGAUUCAGAUCUUGAACCUGAAUAUUAUGAGACCUUGGUGAGAGGGCUGUGUAAGGCUGGCAGGAUUACAGAUGCUUUAGAGAUUGUUGAAAUUAUGAAGAGAAGGGAUAUGGUUGACGGGAAGGUUCAUGGUAUUGUCAUUAAUGGGUAUUUGGGGAGAAAUGAUAUUGAUGGGGCGCUCAAAGUGUUUCAAAGCAUGAAAGGAUCUGGUUGUGUGCCAACUAUUUCCACGUAUACUGAACUAAUACAGCAUCUCUUUAGGGUGAGUAGGUAUGAAGAAGCUUGUAUGCUGUAUGAUGAGAUGCUGGGAAAAGGAAUUAAGCCAGAUUAUGUGGUAAUAACAGCUAUGGUCGCAGGUCAUGUUUCGCAAAACCGUAUAUCUGAAGCAUGGAAAAUGUUCAAGAGUAUGGAGUGCCAAGGCAUCAAGCCCACUUUGAAAUCAUAUGCAGUAUUCAUUAAGGAGCUUUGCAAGGCUUCAAGGACAGAUGACAUUGUCAAAGUAUUGCACGAAAUGCAGGCUUCAAAGAUUAAAAUUCAAGAUAAAGUAUUCCAUUGGGUUAUAAAUUAUAUGGAGAAAAAAGGGGAGCUUCCUGUUAUAGAGAAAAUCCAGCAGAUGCGUAAAGCAUCAACACUUGAUCCUGAAAAGUUCAAGGAGUCAGACAAACAAGUAUCUCUGAGAAUUAAGGUGGACGAGGAUGUCAAAGUUGACCAAUCAAAAUCAGAAAUUGAUUGUUCCUUAAUACAUCCACUCAUUAAGACUUACAGCGAGCAAGAUGUUUAUGGAAUUUGUAGGAUUCUUUCAUCCUCUAUUGACUGGUCCUUAAUCCAACAAAAUUUGGAGAAAAGCACCAUUCAGUUCACCCCAGAACUUGUUAUGGAGAUAUUGCGAAAUUGCAAUAUGAAUGGCAACUCUGUCCUUAAUUUUUUUUCAUGGGUGGGAAAGCAAACUGGAUAUCAACACACUGCAGAAUCUUACAACAUGGCAAUCAAAAUUGCAGGCUGCGGCAAAGACUUCAAGCACAUGCGCAGCCUGUUCUUUGAAAUGAGAAGAAAUAGUUAUCCAAUAACGUCAGAAACAUGGACAAUCAUGAUAAUGCUUUACGGCCGAACUGGUCUGACUGAGAUGGCCAUGAAUUGUUUCAAAGAGAUGAAAGUUGAUGGUUAUAGCCCGAGUAGGAGUACAUAUAAGUAUCUGAUAAUUUCCCUUUGUGGGAGGAAAGGAAGGAAGGUUGAUGAUGCUCUCAAAAUAUAUGGUGAGAUGAUUAGUGCAGGAUAUGCCCCUGACAAAGAAUUGAUUGAAACUUACCUUGGUUGUUUAUGUCAAGUUGGUAGAGUGUUGGAGGCUAGGAGAUGCACAGAUACUCUUCAAAAUCUUGGCUAUACAGUCCCUCUCAGCUAUUCCUUGUUUGUCAGAGCUCUUUGUAGAGCUGGGAGAGUGGAAGAAGCAUUGACAUUACUUGAAGAGGUUGGGGAAGAGAAAUCUAUUUUAGACCAGUUAACUUGUGGAAGCAUUGUUCAUGGUCUAUUACGCAAGGGUCGAUUAGAAGAGGCAUUAGCCAAGGUGGAUGUCAUGAAACAUAAGGGCGUUGCACCUACCAUCCAUGUUUAUACAUCUCUAAUAGUUCAUUUCUUUAAAGAGAAACAAGUAGAGAAAGCUAUUGAGACUUUUAAGGAGAUGCAACAUUCAGGUUAUGAACCAACCAUUGUCACAUAUUCUGCACUUGUACGUGGGUACAUGAACGUGGGGAGGCCUAUUGAUGCAUGGAACAUCUUCUACCGCAUGAAAGUCAAAGGACCCUUUCCUGAUUUUGAAACGUAUUCUAUGUUCCUCACUUGCCUUUGCAAGGUUGGGAGAUCUGAAGAAGGGAUGAAACUUAUUUCUGAAAUGUUGGACAGUGGAAUUGUUCCAAGUACUGUUAAUUUUCGAACGUUAUUUUAUGGGCUAAACAGAGAAGGUAAAAGAGAUUUAGCCCGUGUUGUAUUGCAACAAAAAACAGAAUUAAGAAGAAAGCGCAAGCUCGUAAUUUGAUUUAUUUUCUUUCUUAA